AUGUCAGGAAAAGAGCUAAGAGUUCAUCAUCUAGCCUCGCUGGCUCUACCCGGAAACAUUAGAAGGGCCGGAAAGGACCGAUGUUUGGGGAGCACACGUCACUCACUUUUUUUUAACCCCAAAAAUAAUUAGCGCCCACCACCAUUGCAACAUUUUCUUCCGGCUAAUAGUGUCACUCAGCCCCUUCCGUGCUCCCCGUCGAGGUUUAAGUGGGAUGCGGAAGGACUACGGCGUUAUCCGUCGGCGAUUGUUAUUCGUGCGGUGGGAGACAGGCGAGCAGGCGGCCGGACUCGCUUUAGCCAUUUGGGUCGGCGUUGCUGAAAAUGGCUCCGGCUAAACACUGGAAACCGUACGCAGCAAUGGAAGUCAGCGCUAGCUGCUAGUUUGUAGCUAAUAGCUAGCUCGGCUCGAAGAAGAAGGCGUGACAGGCCGCAUCUGUCUUCUGCGCUCUCCACGCCCAAGAUUGAUGCUUUGCCCGAAAAUGCGAAUCGGCCCAAACUGCGAUAAAAUAACUCCCUCGUUCAUCACUCGGGGGAUCGUGUUGUGCCAAAGAUCCUUAGGAUCAAUAGGAGGAAACGGUAAGAAGUGAAGAGCGUCAGGGUCUUCUUGGCUGAACACAGAUGAGGAGUCUUGCUUAGAUCAAGGAAAAUGUCAAUGCAGUAACUCGCAAAGGAAUCAAGAGGAAGUCUAUUGAACUGCUUGGCUAAAAGUUAUUCGAAGCAAUUUUGAAAUUAGACGGAACACCUUUUUUUAUGCUUUUGAGCUGCUCCGCUGCUUCGGGAAGUAAAUUUUAAGCAGUGGAUGAUCGCGAGUACCAACAGCUGUUUUUGUACAUAUAAGAAAACUUUUAACUGACAUUCAAGCGUUUCUGGAAAAAAAGAAAAAAACAUUUUCGCCGAAGUGUCUUUAGGCUUUUUUUUUUUUUGUAUUUGACUCCUCUUGUUUUGGGACUCUUGUUGCUCCUCCUAGCACUGGAGGUUUGUCCUUGCACCCCCCAUGUACAUGUGAGUGGGAAAUGUUCCAGUUUGGAAAAUACAAUUUGGACAUUAUAGAGAUGUUAAGUGGGCACCAGGCCCACCAGUUCAAAGGCCUUGGGUUAGACCGACAACUGCAGCAUCAGCAGCAAGUGCAACUCCACCAGCACCAACUCCAGCAGCAGCAGCAGCAAGCCGAGUCGUCUGGAGCUCUUCUGUCUGGACUUGGCUUGGGCCCCCUGCAGGGGUCAAGAGGCUACCAUGAAGACCACCGUUCUCAAGGUAAUCCAUCUCCGUGCUACUCUGGUGCCUCCCCCUGUGGAAGCGGGAUGGCCGGCCCAGCUCUGAGAAAGGCGCCCCUGGCCCCAACCCUGCACCCGCACUCUCAGAGUCACAACCAGCACCAUCAUCCGCAGCAACAGCCCCACCUGCCCCUCUCCUCGCUACUGGAUGACUCGGAGGAUGAUGUCACUAGCUCCGUCAAUAAUGCCAUCUCUGCCAUCACCGCGGCAACCGGAAAUAGAGAUGACAGGGGAGACAUCAUAGGAGGUCUCCUCGGCGGUCUUGGUCUAGGCCCCCUGGGUUCACCGUCAACAUCGAGCAUGGAUAAGAAUUUCCGAGGCGGCGGGAACCAAGAGGCGUUGAGCAACAAUUCGCAGAAUCCCGCCGCAAAGCCCAAGCGUCCCCGCAAACCCAGAGCCAAGAAAGAUCCGGCAGCUGACGGGCAGCCCCCGAAGCGUAGGCAGUACACUCCCAGAAUGGGAACCAGCGGGCUCCCACGCACUCACCUCUGCAGUGUCUGCGGCAAGGGUUUCGCACGCCGCGAGACUCUACGCCGGCACGACCGCAUACAUACCGGCGAGAAGCCUCAUCACUGCACUGUUUGUGGAAAGUAUUUCAGGGAGGCUUUCCACCUGAGCAAGCACCAAACGGUUCACUCUGGGGCUAAGAAUUACAAAUGCGGCAUUUGUGGGAAGGAGUUUGGCUACUCCCAGAGUCUCAGGAGGCACAGCAAGCUCCACCAGAAAGGGGAGAUGGAAGAAGUGCCAACGACACCAGCGCCAGAGAAUAUGAACAGCUUUAAUCCCAACCCCCAGUGCAGCGUGACCCAAGACGGCAACCAGAACCAAGUACCGAGCACCUCCUCCUAUUACUCCUACCCUCAAGAUGUCAAGCCUCAAGAUACCCAGCCGCAUCCGCAGCCCCCGCCUCGUCUUUACACCUGCGCUAUCUGCUGGAAGUCGUUCCGCCACCACUUCCAUCUGACCGCCCAUCACCAGACGGUUCACGAAGGUGGGGGUGAAAAGCAUUUCUGUUGCGAGGUGUGCGGAAAAGCCUUUGCUUACUCCAACAGCCUUACCCGACACAGGCAGUCCCAGCACGGGAUCACCCGCGGCGAACCGUCCAACCCCCAAGAAGGCAGCAGCGGCUCUGCAGACAACAGGGGAGGGAGCGACGUGAACCAGUCGACGUCGGAGAGCGAGGCCGCCACCAACACCCUGCUGCAGAUGGCCCCGGCCGCCGACAACCACGGGGCUCCAAGUCUUAACGUUGUCGCUCACGGCCACCAACAGGCGCCGCCGCAACCGCCGGCCGGUUAUUCUCCCCUUUUUUACGACGCCACGGCGGCCCAGUCUUCAGCCUCCGGCGCCCCGUCUUACUCGCAGCCUCUGCCCCCCAAUUCUACCAUCAUGCCGCCCCACCACCCGCACUCCCCGGCCGGGGUGAAAGGAGAGCACAUUUAUCCGGCUGGAUCCCGCAGCCGUACUCUACACACCACGGCCCCGUUCCAGCCCCUCACGGAACUGCCCUCCACCGAACAUCACCAUCUACAUCAUCAUCAUCAUCACCCCCACCACCACCAUCAUCCUCAUCAUCAGUCAGGUGCCCAGCCCCAACACCACCUCGACUGCAGCAACCAGUUGCCGCACGAUGAGAUCAGACGACACAAGAAGAAAAAAAAAAAGUCCGAUAAGAGAGAUUGGCAGGAAAAUAAAUAUGAAUCCCAAGACUUAGUCAGAUUUGACGGGAGCCACAAGAAGAGAAAGAUAAGUUGUACAGUACGAGGGCAGUCAAAGAAAAAACAAGGCUCUCUUCGCUUGACAAUUAGGCGGGGUGAAGGAUCCGGUGGCGGUGGGUAUAAACUUGUCAACACCGGGGGCGUGAAAGUUCAGAUCCUGUCAUCCUUAAAAGUUCCCGUGAAGCGUUUUGGCUGUCCUAUAUGUCCCAGUUCUGUGUUUUCCCGCAAAGCGGGGCUGCUAGUCCACAUGGCAAUUAGACACCCACAAAAAGCCAAACCCACACGAGAGCGACUUCAGUGCUGCGUAUGUGGGAAGCAGUCUCAGAGGCCCCUGGCAGCUUUUGUCCAUCGGGCUUUUCAUCGCGCCAGAGGGACCUUCUCCUGCCAGUACUGCGCCGCUCGCUUCUGGAACGCUAUCCUGCUCCAAAGGCACAAGGGUUCCUGCAGCCGCACGGCUAAAAGAGCGCGGCAGGCUGAUUCUAAAAAGCCGACGCUACUAAAGAGACCAGCAGAAAGACCCACCCGAGAUGGUCAGGGCGACGUGCCCUACCAUCUACUGGGAUCAUACCGAUACUGAGCAUCCCCGUACCGGAUGUGACGACACGAUGACAAUAAAGGGACUGGUCGAUUUUAGACUGCUGAGUUUAGGACUGAGUGUGGUAACAACUACUGUAAAACAUCACCUGAAAUGCUUCCAGAUUCUUUUGGAAUGUCUUUCAAAAAAAAAUGUGACUGUUUCCAUAGGAUCACUAACCCCCUUAAGUGCAUUGACACUAUGCUUGGCAGACACUGUGCAGUCACUAGGCAAGUUUAGCUAACGUUCCCUGCACAUGUAUCGCUCCUCAUAUUCUAACUAGCAUCCUCGCUACACACCUUUUUGCUGUAUGAUAAACCGUGACUCUGCUGUGUACUUUGUAUGGUCCAUGUAGCACCUCUGAGGAUUUUGUUUUUAACAUGUAAAGUGAUUUUAUUAGGAGUAGGGACUUUGGGAUUACGACAACAUUUGUUGAUAGUUUGUCAGUGCAUGUUUGUUCUCCGGUCAAGUUUAUUCCUGAGGUGAUAUGUGAUGGCUUCUUCAAGUAUAUCCCACAAGUUUGUAGUUGUUAAUUUGAUUUGAGGGGUUACUCCUAUACGCCCGAGUGAUUGUAAUCACCUAUAGAUAAAAACAAGUGAAUGGUUAUUAGUCUAAAGGGCCUCACUCCUGCCAAAAUGAAGAAACUUACAAAAAGCCUUGCUUUUUAUGUUGGCUUCAUUGAGUUGAAAAGUUUCCUAGCUUUUAUACCAAGGGAUAGAACACAAGGUAAACAUGUGAACUAUAACGCCUUUGUCUCAUGUUAUUUGUAUGCUCUUUUUAGCAGUAAUUAUUUCUACAGUGCUUCACUUUAUGUUUAAGACAAGGACCUAUUCUCCAAGCAAAUGUACUAUUCCAUGUAUUUAUGUAUGUAACUGUCUUCAUACCAAUCUUAGACUGAACCUCAAACUUUUAGUGUGUGCUGAGUCGCAAUCAUAAUCUUACUGUAAUGUUGUUUUUUUGUUUUCUUCUAAAGAAGUUUCCUCACAUAUGAAAUGUCCAUGCCUGUUUCACACCUUUUUUUCUUCUAAAGAAAAAAAAUAUAGUUUUAGUAGAUUUCUAUCACUUUAUUUACUGAAAAGCCAGUAGUUGAUUAUAUUUGAAAUGAAUAAACCUUGAGUGUAA